CACAGUCUUGCGGGCAACAACAGCACAUAUCGCGGUGCUCUCUCGUCUCGAGAUUUAAUGGCGAGUACGGGUAUGGCGGCAGAAUCAGUGGAGGCGUAGAAAUAUACGGAAAGCAAAGCAGAAUCGGAAUCGAAUAAUAUAAACCCAACUAUUCAUUCCCUGUCUCCUUCCCCUUUUGGCAUAAGAGGGCGGCAACAACACGCGGCGCCAACAACAACAGUCGCAAGCUUCUUAUCAUCAUUAGCAGUAGCAGCAGCAUUCGAGCUUCUAAAGCGAACUGGACAAGAGGCACAACUUGAUAAACAACCCUCCACACCCAGACAACGCCGAUGCUGUCCUCUAACAUCAAAUCGACGACGCUUGAACAAUGGAUAAACACAUUAAUAUCAGCAAUGGAUACUAUGACAUGGAAACUGUCGUAGCGGCCGCCUCGCCGCAUCCAAAGCUCUAUGCGCACGACCACAGAGUAAGCAGUAAGCUGAGGCAACAGCAGCAGCAACAUCAUCAUCAUCACCAUCACUACCACCACCAUCAAAUUCGAGAUUCUAUCAAUGCGGUUGCCGGCAACUCCAGUCCCAAGCUGGCGGCCACCUUUCAGGGAAUGUGCGUCAACAAGAUGCGCAGCGGCGGUGGCACACACUCUUGGCCAAGUGCGCAUCCAGAAGAGCUGGCCAUGCAGGCGAACCUCACGCGCCACAAACAAACGACAACUUCCAUAAAUAUGCACAAGCAACAACAAUAUGCAAAUAGCAAUAGCAACAAUAACAGUGCUAGCGGUGCUAAUAGCAAUGGCAGCAGCAUUGGCAAGCUGCAAAAACCCCAACCCCCGGUGCAAUCGAUGCCGCUGCCGCAGUCAAACCCAGAGCAGCAAAUAACAACAACAAAUGCGAUUACUUCAAGCGCCAGGAUGAAGCCUCGAAACAAAAGCGAAGAGGCCAUCAAUGAUCUGCUACAACGCAUACCGGACAUUGGACAAAUCUUCGAUGUGCAUAGUCGCAUUGGCAAUGGCACAUUUAGCACCGUCCUGCUGGCCACGCUCAAACGGGAGGCUCAACUGCCGGACAGCAUGCGCCGCAAGUUUGCGAUCAAACAUCAUAUACCCACCAGUCAUCCGGAUCGAAUUAUGAAGGAGCUGCAGUGCAUGACAGACAUGGGUGGCACGGACAAUGUCGUCGGAAUACACUGCUGCCUGCGCUGCGAGGCAUCGGCCGCCUUUGUGAUGCCCUACAUGCCACAUGAUCGCUUCCACGACUUUUACACCAAGAUGGAUGUGCCCGAGAUCAGGCUGUAUAUGCGUAAUUUGCUUAUGGCACUGCGCCAUGUGCACAAGUUCAACAUUAUCCAUCGGGAUGUCAAGCCCAGCAACUUCCUCUACAAUCGCCGCCAGGGCAAGUUUCUGCUUGUAGACUUUGGUCUGGCGCAGCAUGUGAGCGUGUCCCAGCAGCAUCAUCAGGAGAUGCGACGCAACGACCCCAGCUACAACCUGAAUUUGGGCAAUAGCAAGCGUCCACGCGAGCGCGAACAAAACUCUCCAAUGCAGCAGGCAACAGCUCCAACAGCAGCGUCAAUAACAGUGGCUGGCGCAGAUGCAACGCUGGGCUUCGCCGUUAAGCGGAUGAGAUUACAUGAGGAGGGAGCGCCAAUGCCAGCAAGCAAGAUGCCACUGAAGCCGAUCAAUGAAAUAGCGCAGUGCGCCAAGGGCGAUAUGCUCACGCCAGAGGACUCGAAGCCCAGUUUGCAAGAGGCCGGCGAAGGUCUACAGCAGGCAGCAGCGCAGGACGUGGCAGCAGCCGGGCCAGCGGAACCGGCUCCAGUGACAGGCAGCAAAUACAAUACGAAUCGCAGUGCUGGCGGCACCUCCAAGUGCUACUGUUUCGCCAAUCCAUCUGUCUGCAUCAAUUGUCUUAUGAAGAAGGAGGUGCAUGCCUCGCGAGCGGGCACGCCUGGUUAUCGACCGCCUGAGGUACUGCUUAAGUAUGCCGAUCAGACCACAGCCGUGGAUAUCUGGGCAGCGGGUGUCAUAUUUUUGUCCAUACUGUCCUCAGUGUAUCCGUUCUUCAAGGCGCCCAAUGAUUUUCUGGCGCUAGCCGAAAUCGUCACCAUCUUUGGAGAUCGCGCUAUAAGGAAAACUGCGCUAGCCCUGGAGCGCAUGCUAACACUUAGUCAACGCUCGAAGCCGCUAAAUCUACGCAAGCUGUGCCUGCGCUUUCGCAAUCGACUGAUCUUUAGCGAUGCGCAGAUGGUGCGGAAGCAUGAGGGCCCAGACGGCCGCAUCGACGUAUGCAAGAACUGUGAUCAAUACUACUUCAACUGCCUGUGCGAGGAGAGCGUCUACGAGACGGAGCCACUAGAUCCUUAUGAGUGUUUUCCGGCCAGUGCAUACGAUCUGCUCGCUCGCUUGCUUGAGAUCAAUCCGCACAAGCGCAUUACCGCCGACGAGGCACUCAGUCAUCCAUUCUUCACCGAAUCGCCGGAUAUGCCACAGUCCACGGCAACAAUCAAAGUGUACGCCGAACCCACCAAACAAAUGAUGACGACAAUGACGCCGACGACGCGCAGGCGCGCCACAAAACCAACAGAUGAUGCAGCGGUUCCCACAGCAAGCGCCGAGCAUCCUCAAUAUUAUCAGGCUCAGAAUGAACUGUGAAGCUAGUCGAAGGUUGCCGCAAUCCUCAAUUAUUCUAAAUCUAUAAGUUAACACCAGUGUCGAGCUUUGUAUAUAGUAUAUGUAUAUUCAUAUCUGCCACGCCCACCACACACACACACACUCUCACAUACAUACAGACAUACACGCAAACAUGUACAUAGAUACGCCACACACCCAUUUCAUUGCAACACUGCCCAGUUAGACAGCAAACAACAACCCAACCCAGAGAACCCCUGUCCCCCAUGCAUAUCUUAUAAGAAAAAAAAGUGAACAAGAGAGAGGAUUGGGAUAAACUGAACUCGCCGCCCUCCGGCCGCAACUACUAUUUACUUAAAUCAUUUCAGAUGCAAAAUUACUAAGUCAAACCAAUUAUAUUUCUAAGCCCCUCAAAAUCAUGUAGAACGUUUGUUAAUAUACUCGAUAUACUCUAAAUAAUUUUCAAUUUAAAUUCAAUGUCACUAUAUGUAAAACAGAUAUACAUAAG